GGCGUCCUGGGCCUAAUUACCGGCCGCGUGGGCUGCUCCUGUCCACCUGCUUUUGUGCACCCAACAAUCUGAGCUGGUCGGAAAAAGGACGCCGGGCCCAAGGGGUCGGGGUUUAAAACCAGCCGUCUGCUUUUUAUUUUUUGAAGUAAUUUGCCAAGAUGACAAACACAAAGGGAAAGAGGAGAGGCACCCGGUACAUGUUCUCUAGGCCUUUCAGAAAACAUGGAGUUGUUCCAUUGGCCACGUAUAUGCGAAUCUACAAGAAGGGUGAUAUUGUAGACAUAAAGGGAAUGGGUACUGUCCAAAAAGGAAUGCCUCAUAAAUGCUACCAUGGGAAGACUGGAAGAGUCUACAAUGUCACUCAGCACGCUGUUGGCAUUGUUGUGAACAAGCAAGUCAAGGGCAAGAUUCUUGCCAAGAGAAUUAAUGUGCGUAUCGAGCAUAUUAAGCACUCUAAGAGCCGAGACAGCUUCCUGAAACGGGUGAAGGAAAAUGACCAGAAGAAGAAGGAGGCCAAAGAGAAGGGAACCUGGGUGCAGCUGAAGCGGCAGCCCGCUCCGCCCAGAGAGGCGCACUUUGUGAGGACUAAUGGAAAAGAGCCGGAGCUGCUGGAGCCUAUUCCCUAUGAGUUCAUGGCUUAAUAGAUGUCCUAAAUGAAUCAGACCUAGAUUGUCAAAGUGCUUUUCUUCAUUAAAGUAUGGUGUCCUCACUUAAAAGAAAUAUA